GCUACGUCACGGGCGCGUGCGCUCUCUGCUCGCCGGCAACGGCUCGAGCUGAUCGUUACCUGCGCGGCUUGGUGGUGUCCUUGGAGACGAAGCCGGGCUUGGGCGGCGCGGAGACAAGACCACGGCUGCGGGGCCCCGGGAGAAGCCAGGAUGCCGGCUAAGGGGAAGGACAAAAAGAAAGGGAAAGGCAAAGACAAAGGCAAAGAUAAAGACAAGAAGAAGAAGAAGAUCAUAAAACUUGAGGAGUCUGUUUUGGAGAGAGCCAAGGCCAAUGCCUCCCUUUGGGAGGCCAGGCUGGAAGUCACAGAACUUUCUAGGACUGAGUAUCGUGAUACUUCCCGGAGACUGGCAAGAUGUAAUGAAGAGUUAAAGAGACAGCAGUAUAAAAUGGAGAAAGACACAAUGUCUGUAUUGAACCAUCUGAAGAAACAGGAUCAGGAGAAAGAUAAUCUGAUUGAAAAACUGAAACAGCAAUUGAAUGAAACAAAGGAAAAAGCCCAAGAGGAGAAGGAGAAAUUGGAACAAAAAUUUACUAUGCAAGUAAGUGAGCUGGAGGGACAGUUCCAUCAAAAGGCCAAAGAAAUUGGCAUGAUUCAGACAGAGCUCAAAACAAUAAAACAAUUCCAGAAGAGAAAAAUCCAAGUGGAGAAAGAAUUAGAUGAUCUGAAGGAGGAUUUAAGGAACACAGAGCGGAAACAUCAGGAGACACUUAGAAGACUGGAAGGCAAGUUUUUUGAAGAAAAGCGUAGACUAGAAAAAGAGGCUGAAAAGAAGAUAAUAAUGCUGGCAGACAGAGCCCACCAUGAAGCUGUUGUGCAAUUGAACCACGCUGGAAGAAGUGUUUUUAAAGAGAAUAUUUAUCUCCAGAAAGCUCUCGCAUACCAUCUGAAGGAAGCUGAUGCUCUACAAAAAAAUUCCCAGAAGUUGCAAGAGACUCAGACUUUCCUUUCACAGCAAAAGGAGAUCAAUGAUCUAUUGGUUAAAGAAAAGAUAAUGCAACUUACCCAGCAGAAAUUACAAAUCCAAACUCUUCAGAAGAAGGUAGUAAGCCUGGAGAAUGCUCUGAUUUGCAUGACCAAAGAGUUUGAGACUGAAGUUUUAAAACUGCAGCAACAGGCAAUGGUAGAGAACCAAGCAGGUCAGGUUGAAAUUUUCAAGCUGCAGCAACUUCUUCAGAUGAAGGACAAGGAAAUGAAUCGAAUAAAGAAGCUGGCCAAGAACAUACUAGAUGAGAGAACAGAAGUGGAAAGAUUCUUUUUAGAUGCUCUACACCAAGUAAAGAAACAGAUCCUAUUUAGCAGAAAGCAUUAUAAACAGGUAGCACAAACUGCUUUCAAUCUUAAAAUGAGAGAGGCAUGUGCAGGAAGAAUGGAAUAUCCCAAAAUCCGAACGUUUGAUGGCAGAGAACAUAGCACCAAUAGCGUGAAUCAGGAUCUUAUGGAGGCUGAUAAAUGGACAGAUAUUCAAGGAAAUGUGGAUAUUGGAGAUUUGACCUGGGAGCAGAAGGAGAAAGUCUUGAGACUGCUCUUUGCAAAAAUGAAUGGCUUUGUUCCUAGGAAAUACAGCCAGAGUUCUAGACCUCCAGUUCCAGACUAUGUUGUUCCUGACGAUGAAACAACAAAGGAGUCUGGGGAUGAAAGUAAGCUUCAAGAUCAAACGUUCAUCACCCAGCAAGUGCCAGUCUUAAAUUCUACUGGUGAACUGUUGAUACGCAAUAUUCAGAAAGGAUCACAAGAGUCUGACACAAAUGCAAAAUAGCAAUUUAAUUACCUAAGGAUUUAAGACUUCAAACACUGCAUAAGGGAACCUACUGACAAGCACUGCUGAACAACAUAUAACCUCACAGAAGCUGCAGGCAGUCCCUUUCUUGCAGAAUCCUUGUUCCUGAAUAUGUUCAAGAGAGUUUCUUAGAGGAAAAAUAUUUUUUUAAAACUUGAAGUUACCUGUUUGCCAUAGAAAUUGGUGUCUCCCCUGAAGGAAGCACGAGAGCCCGUGAAUGAAAACAUUGGCAAAGGCACUGGAAUGGGUACAUUCACCCCAACCUAAAGCAGAACAAAGCCACAUCAACCACUAAGAAAAAGACUCCACGAAGGAACUCUCCAUUUAGAAGCACAAGUGCCAGGCAUCAGAGACCAAUUUAACUACCCACCUUCCACCCGAUCCUCCAUCCCAUAAACUUUUAUUCCUGAGGAAGAAAUGGGGCAUCAAGGGAGAACAGAGGGCAGUGACUGAUGACUGUUUACCUUCUCCCCUUACACAGGAAACUGUAAAUGGCUACAAGAAUCUCCUAAAAAUUCUGUUCACAAACCUGUCCAACAUCCACCAGGUGGGAAUAUUUCCGAGCAGUGGCUCCAUUGGUGGUGAAGAUGGCUGUUCCAUUUCCAUAUGGGUUGUCAUUUACAAUCUUGAUGGCUUCAUCCAAAGUGUCUGCUUCCAGAACUACAAGAACUGGGCCAAAAAUCUCCUCCUUGUAACAGGUCAUGUUUGGCUGCCAGGAGUGAUGCAUCGGAAAAGAAGUCAGUAUUUUUUGCUUAUUUGGUAUUUUAUUACCCACAGCUUACAUGCACAGUUUUUAGGUUAGUAAUCUCUUUUCAUUUUAAAUCACCUGUUAAAAAAAAAGUCCUUUCUUGCCAUGCUCCAUCUUCCAAGCUACCAAUCCUAAGUAACUUGAAACUCUUAUUUCUAGAACGACAUAACUACACUCCUUUCCUUUAUGCACUGUAUGUUUUGAUCUCAUGACCCAUCACUAGCUUCCUGAUUUAUGCCUGUAUUACUUGUUUACACAACUGUUAUGUUACUGAAAAGCUACUUGAAAAUUCAUUUUAGAAAUCAAAUAUAUAUUAAAAACAUAACAGGAGAAUUUUUCUAUUUAAAGAAAUCCUGUGGUAAGUUUUCUGUAACAUAAAUAAUCCUUUCUUAUUCAUUCCUUUGCCUCCUAAAUGAGUCUGUCCAUUUUUAUUUUGGUAUCAGGUCACAUUAAACAUUCAAAACAUC